GCUUCAGACAUGUAUAGCUUCAGAUUCAUCAUGAUACCAGUUGAGCUUCUUCUUUGCUACCACCUGCUGCAUUCUGUGGAUGCCAUUUCAUAUAGAAAGCAGACAAAUGUCUCCAUGCACCUUUCCUCAUCCUUGGGAUCCCCUCCACUCUUCUCAGGCUCCUUGUCUUGCCAGAAUCUACAUCCAAAGUCUCUACCUGGUUUUGCCCACAUGGCCCCUCUAUCCAAGUUCCUAGUAGGCCUGGCUCUAAGGAACGCCUUGGAGGAAGCUGGCUGCCAACCUGAUGCCUGGGCCCUGCAGCUUCAGCUCUACCACUGGGGUGGUGUGAAUGCGACAGAGGGCCUCAUUCACCAUCUUCAAGGGCUCCAGAAAGGCAGAAGUACAGACAGCAGAGUGUCAGUGGAAACCCUCUCCUCUGUUCUGCAACUGUUAGCCAGGGAGCAGCCAGGGCAAAAGAGGGUGAGGCGCUCCUUCUCCACUAAGGACUGUGAGAAUGAGCAGGAACAAGGUGUGCAUAAUGUCAUCCGUCUAUUGCCAGGAGUGGGAACCUACUAUAACCUGGGCACAGCUCUCUACUAUGCCAUUCAGAAUUGCUCUGACAAGGCCAAGGAACGAGGUCAAGAUGGAGCCCUAGAUCUGGGUUAUGACCUUCUGAUGACCAUGGCAGGACUGUCAGGAGGGCCCACAGGUCUAGUGAUCAGUGCUGCACUUAAACCAGCAUUAAAGGCUGGUGUACAGCAACUGAUCCAGUAUUAUUAUGAAGAGAAAGAGACAAACAUCCCUCAGCCAGAGACCAGCAAGGAGGGCUUGUGGAGCACCUCAGAUGUGAGUGACUUGGAAGAAACAACUACCAUGUCUCCUUUGGUGUCAGAAGUAGUAAGUCCAGGGCUGGGGAUGUGGCACAGUGGUAAAGUGCUUUUCUGGUAUGGGUGA